GCGGGGAGGGCGCGCGGGGCUUCCAGACGCGCUGCCAACGCCGCCGCCGCCGGCGGACCGGGGGCAGCAUGGCCGAGGGCGUGUGAGCCCCGAGUGCCAGGGGCUUCAGCCACCAUGACCGGGGGCGCGGGCGCCGCCCGACUCUGUCUGCUGGCGCUCGUGCUGCAGCUGCCCCAGCCGCGGGCGGCGCGGGAGCUGGGAUGGACGGGAAGAGGAGGUGGAGAUGGCAGCUCCCAGCUACAGCAUGAACUUAUAAUACCUCAGUGGAAGACGUCAGAAAACUUGGUGACUGAAAAGCAUCCACUCAAAGCUGAGCUCAGGGUAAUGGCUGAGGGGCAAGAAUUGAUCCUGGACCUGGAGAAGAAUGAAAACCUUUUUGCUCCAGCCUACACAGAAACCCAUUAUAGUCCAAGUGGCCAACCUCGAACAACCACGCUGAAAUCUGAGGAUCACUGCUUUUACCACGGAAUGGUAAGGAAGGCAGAACAGUCCAGUGUCAUACUCAGCACCUGCAGAGGAAUUAGAGGACUGAUUGUGAUGAACAGUAACCUCAGCUACAUCAUCGAGCCCGUUCCUGACCGUGAGGGCCAACACCUAAUUUACAGAUCUGAACAUCUCAAGCUGCCCCCAGGGAACUGUGGGUUGGAGCAUUCCACGCUCACCACCAGGGACUGGCUCCUUCAGUUUACACAGCAGACCAAGAAACGACCUCGCAGGAUGAAAAGGGAAGAUUUAAACUCCAUGAAGUAUGUGGAGCUUUACCUCGUAGCCGACUAUGCAGAGUUUCUGAAGAACCGACUAGACCAGGACGCUACCAAACGCAAGCUCAUGGAGAUCGCCAACUAUGUUGAUAAGUUUUACCGGUCCUUGAAUAUCCGGAUUGCUCUUGUGGGCUUGGAAGUGUGGACGCACGGGAAUUUGUGUGAAGUCUCCGAGAAUCCAUACUCCACCCUUUGGUCCUUUCUUGGUUGGAGGCGCAAGCUGCUGGCCCAGAAGCACCAUGACAAUGCACAGUUAAUCACGGGCGUGUCCUUCCAAGGCACCACCAUUGGCCUGGCCCCUCUCAUGGCCAUGUGCUCUGUGUACCAGUCUGGAGGUGUGAAUAUGGACCACUCUGAUAACGCCAUUGGUGUGGCUGCCACCAUGGCCCACGAGAUGGGCCACAACUUUGGCAUGAGCCAUGAUUCUGCAGACUGCUGCUCCACCAGUGCCGCUGAUGGUGGCUGCAUCAUGGCAGCUGCCACUGGACACCCUUUUCCAAGAGUGUUCAAUGGCUGUAACAAGAAGGAGCUGGACAGGUAUCUGCAGUCAGGCGGUGGAAUGUGUCUCUCCAACAUGCCUGACACCAGGACGCUCUAUGGAGGCCGGAGGUGUGGAAAUGGGUACCUGGAAGAUGGGGAAGAGUGUGACUGUGGUGACGAGGAGGAAUGCAACAACCCCUGCUGCAAUGCCUCUAACUGCACCCUGAGGGAAGGUGCUGAGUGUGCCCAUGGCUCCUGCUGUGACCAAUGUAAGCUUUUGGCUCCUGGCACCCUGUGUCGUGAGCAGGCCCGGCAGUGUGACCUCCCAGAGUUCUGCACGGGCAAGUCUCCCCACUGCCCCACCAACUUCUACCAGAUGGAUGGCACCCCCUGCGAAGGUGGCCAGGCCUACUGCUACAACGGCAUGUGCCUCACCUACCAGGAGCAGUGCCAGCAGCUGUGGGGUCCUGGAGCCCGGCCUGCCCCUGAUGUCUGCUUUGAGAGGGUGAAUGUGGCAGGAGACACCUUUGGAAACUGUGGGAAGGACAUGAAUGGCCAGCACAAGAAGUGCAACAUGAGAGAUGCCAAGUGUGGGAAGAUCCAGUGUCAGAGCUCCGAGGCCCGGCCGUUGGAGUCCAACGCGGUGUCCAUCGACACCACCAUCAACAUGAAUGGGAGGCAGAUCCGAUGCCGGGGCACCCAUGUCUACCGAGGUCCCGAGGAGGAGAGUGACAUGCUGGACCCAGGCUUGGUGAUGACAGGGACCAAGUGUGGCUACAACCAUAUCUGCUUUGAGGGACAGUGCCGGAACACCUCGUUUUUUGAGACCGAGGGCUGCGGGAAGAAGUGCAAUGGCCACGGGGUCUGCAACAACAACCAGAACUGCCACUGCUUCCGUGGCUGGGCCCCGCCAUUCUGCAACACACCGGGCCAGGGCGGCAGCAUCGACAGUGGGCCCAUGCCCUCCGAAAGUGUUGCCCCUGUGGUAGCCGGAGUGGUGGUAGCCAUCAUUGUCCUGGUGGUCCUUGUGCUGAUGUACUGCUACUGUAAACAGAACCACAAACUGGACCGUCUCAAGCCUUCAGCCCUCCCUUCCAAAUUGAGGCAACAGUUCAGUUGUCCCUUCAGAGUGUCUCAGAACGGUGGUACAGGCCAUGCUAACCCAACUUUCAAGCUGCAGACACCCCAGGGCAGGAGGAAGGUGACUAACACCCCUGAAACCUUGCGGAAGCCCUCCCAACCUCCUCCGCGGCCCCCUCCAGAUUAUCUACAUGGUGGAUCUCCUCCUGCACCAUUUCCAGCUCAUCUGAGCAGGGCUCCUAGGAACUCCCCGGGGGCCACAAGUCAAGUAGAAAGAAAAGAGUCAUCCAGGAAGCCUCCCCCAAGUCGUCCAGUGCCACCUGCACCAACGUGCAUCCUCUCCCAGGAUUUCUCCAGGCCUCGGCCUCCCCAGAAGGCGCUCCCAGCGAACCCUGUGCCUGGCCGCAAGUCCCUCCCGCGGCCAGGGGCGAUCUCCAUACCACCAUCCUUUGCAGCUGAUUCUCAGCAGGCCCGGCCUCUGAUAGCACCUGUCCCUAAGUUGCCGGAAUACAGAUCACAGUGGGCUGGGGGGAUGACUAGUUCCAAAAUCUAGGUCUGUCUGAAGGUUGGGUUCCUUUCCUUGAAGACUCUGGACACCACCCAGGAUCCAUGGCCAUAGAAGAAUCCAGAAGGAGUGCGUGUGGCCACCUCUGGGCUCCUCUUCCUGCCACCUACCAGAAUCACAUCUUCGGAAGUCUCCUCCUUGAGUCAGUGCCUCCUCAGCUUCCUCAGAGGCCCAGAGCAACCACUGCCCAAUUUCUGCUAAGUGUUGUUCUGUGCGCUGCACGAGGACAGCCCGGGCCACCUCCCCCUGGCCCUCCCAGCCCACCUUUGCCACUGGAGGUGACUCCAGCUGCCUGAGCGAGCCAGGGAGACAGGCUGAUCUGGGAGAUGCCAUGCACCCAGGGCCCAGGGUGGCAGAUACGCAUGAGAGCUUUCCAUUGCUUUUGUGGCCCUCAGAGGUCCUGGGCCAUGCAGAGGCUGGGCACUUACCUGUCCCUUCUAGCUCUGAGGAGUCAAGGGAGGGUAGAACCAGCCAUUGCUAUGGCCUGCCCAGGGCUUGGUUGAGAUGAGAGCUCCUGGCUAUGGCUUCAUGUGACAAACUAAGUCCCGUCCCCAACUCCCCCAGUCUGGGCCCCCCUCCCCAUGUCCCAUAUCCCCUUGUUCACACGGGUCAGUCCAACUCAUAUAGGUACUAUUUGCAGGCCAUGUAGACAGCAGGGGGGGAUCACCAGGCUGGGGCCUCCCCUGAGCUGUGAUGCCAAAGGUUUUGACUCUCAACUCUGGACAAGUCCUGGUUGGCCCUCUAGUCUGCACUUUCCCAGUGUCCCAGGCUUUUGUCUCUUUGUUUCCCCCUUGCCCUUUUACCUCCCAAUGCAUGGUGCUUUGUUGAGCGCACCCUCAGCAGCCCUGACUUUCUGGGGUCCAGGUGCUUGUGACCUGCGGCCACUGGAUUUCCUGCACUGGAUCUCAAGUGUUGACCAGUGUGGACUUGGGUCAUGGCCGUGGGGGUUAUAUCUUUAUUUUUCCUUGUGUUUUAUGACCUCAUCAGGGCAAGGUUCCUCCUCCUUCUUUCUUGGCCUAAAGUGAUUGAGGUCCUCUGGGAUGGCAGCAAGUGUAGUACAGGAAGCAGACACCCUAGGAACCCCAGCCAUGAGCAAAGCAGAUAAAAGUGAGCCAGCCUUUCCCUGGCAUCUGCUCAUGGGCUUAAGGUAGACCAGUUGUUUCUGAAUGGAGCGUAGGCCUGUGUCCAAUUAAGGUAGCUGUCCAGGACCCCUGGAGCAGAGUUUAAGCCAGGACUCUGCUCUCCCUCCCAAACAGAUUUGUCACUCUCCACUUCCUUUCGUUCUGUCCUUCUGGCCCCUGUCGUUCCUGACCCUGAGAAGGAACUCUGAGCAGGGGGAGGAAUUCCACUCCCUGGGGCUUAUGUCCUCCCUGGAGCCAGGAAAGAAGGGCCAUGUGGUGCUCUGUUGGACAGGACAACUGCCAGUAAGCAACCAAGAGGUUGUCAGAGGUGCAGGAUGAUCUAUGGAGGAACCUGUCCUCUCACCUCCUCCACUGAGCAGGUGUUUGCUCUUGCUAACCUCCUGAAGGAGGGAGACUGGACUUUUGACUUCCUACUCACCACCUGGGGCAUCCUUGAUAGUUCUCAGUGCACAGUAGGUGCUUGAUCAAGAGUUUGUAGACAAGUGAGAGAAAGAGUGUGGUCCACCUGGGGACCAAGGUGGGUGAGUGGGACACUCUCAGGAAAACGAGCUGCUCUUGGCUCAGGGUGGCUGUGAUGCUCACAGCAGGUCUCCCUGGCCCGGCCCUCCUGGGCCCCCACCUACAUGUCCUUGCCCUCCCUGUGCUACAUUAAGUCAGGACACAGUCCUCUAGGUCAACGUGCCAUGCCAAGCACACCCUGCCUCUCCAUGUUGGGCCCCAAGAAAGUAAAGGUGAAGAUACCCCCUACCGGAAACAAAUGGGAGAAAGUGUGCGCUAGAGUCUGCAAUGGCUCCAAGCCUUCACCAUCACACCAGGAGGUGGUGGGUGGUCCUGAUGCGACUACAGGAGCCUUUUCCACCUGAGGGCCAUGUCUGGCAGAACCAACCAGAAAGAGGUUCUCUGUUUUGUUUUGUCUUCAGUAUGUUAGUUCCACCUCCAUCCCUGAAAACCAUACUGUGAACUGGAAGAUGGCAAACACAGUAGGCAGCUGGUUCGGGUUCCCAUGUCAGUCCUGGAUCUGCUCAGCAGGCUGGAAAGGCUGCCCUAAAGGAGGGUCCACCUUCACACACCCUCUCCCCUUCCCAUGCCCAGUUUGCUGCUUUGAGGUGGCAAAUACAAACAAACAGCAACAACAACAACAAAACCCUACACUCAGGAGAGACUUCUUUCUCCAGGAUUCUCGCAAGGGGUCUGAGACUGUUGCCAUGGGAAGGACACUUCAGACCCACCCACCUGCAAGGCGCAGCUGCCUCACAGCCCAGGCAGGCAGGAGGCAACUGCGCACAAUGAAGACUGUGCCUUUGGGGAGGGAGUGUGAAGCCCAGGAAGGGGUGUGUGCUAGGGGCUAGGGAGGGGAAGGGGGUGCGGGAGCCAGCUCAGGGACGGCCAGAACCCAGGGUCUGGUAGGGACAAGGGAAGAUCGGGUCUGAGUUAACUAGUGUUUUGGCCCAGUUGAAGAUGUGUGUACAUCUUCUUAAAGGCUACACUAGUUUCCUGCCAGUUUUACAACCCUGGAGAUGUUUUUUUCCUUGGGGGCCCUGGAGCUGGCUCUGACAUGUACAUCACCAGGGAGGUAGUACCCCUUCCGCCCCGUCAAUGAGGGCCGGCCAAGGCUUCGGGAUCAAAGGUGUAGUUACCUGCUUGGCCAGAGAGGUUCUUUCUGGCUAGAGUAUUCUCUGUACGACAGCAGCCUGUUCCCUCUCCUGCAGCAGCCCCCUUCUCGUCUCUUGCCAUGACCUAAUUCUCCUUUGACAGAGGGUAUGAAGGACUUGCAUUUCUAAAGUUGGAGCCCAGUUUGAAGGUCAGUAGUCAAAUGCGUAUAUAACAGCUAGCCUGGGGAAUGCUAAGUGGAAAGGCGCCCUUGUGCCUGGGAGACCUGCUAAGGUGAGGCUCUGCGAAACCCGAGCCCAGGGCGCCCGGAGCUCCCCUCCGCGUAUCCACUCAUGCCCUCUGCUGUGUGUAUCUGUGUAUCUGGGAUCCAGGGCAAUGUGAAUUUUCUUUUUAUUUGGGAGAUUGUUCACAGAAAACAGAUCCUCUUCUCUCUUGUCCACCUAUUAAUUGUUUACAAUAUUUGUACAUCUAUGCAAAAUACUUGAAUGGGCCAUGGUGCCUUUUUUUUUCCUUGUUUGUAUUUAAUUAAAAUUGUUUGUUUGUCAUUUGGAAUGUUA